CGAGAGUCGACGGAGAGUUCACGUCGGGUAGCUUCAGUUCAUACAGGUUGAGUAAAUCCUGCCUUAUUUGCAGAGCUGAGAAAGGUCUAAGGACUUAAUUCUCCCGGAUUUUGUCCAGAAUUGACGGUCAGACAGAGGACUAAAGGGUCGGUGAACAGUGGUGCUGCUGUUAAAGAGACAGAAUGGCUGCACUGCGUCGUCUGAGGCAGUGCCACCCCACAGGCAUUGCUCUCUCCCAAUUUCACACGAGCAGCCAUGCUUCUGCUAAACAGCAUUACAAAAUGCUUGUGCUCGGAGGAGGAAGUGGAGGCAUUUCAAUGAGUGCACGAAUGAAGAGGAUGUUUGGAGCUGGAAAUGUGGCUGUUGUGGAGCCCAGUGAGAUGCACUACUAUCAGCCUAUAUGGACCCUGGUUGGUGCUGGUGCAAAAACGUUGACCUCAUCAGGUCGGUCCACUGCGAGCGUUAUGCCGUCUGGUGUGAAGUGGGUGAAAUCUAAAGUUCAGGAAAUAAACCCAGACAAAAAUACCAUCCUCACAGACGAUGGCACUGAAAUCUCUUAUGAGUAUUUGAUUGUGGCGCUUGGCUUACAACUCCAUUUUGAGAAGAUCAAAGGACUGCCAGAAGGAUUUGAUCACCCAAAGAUUGGAUCAAACUACUCAGUCGAAACUGUGGGGAAAACUUGGAAAGCUCUGCAGGACUUCAAAGAGGGAAAUGCUGUGUUCACUUUCCCAAACACUCCUGUGAAAUGUGCAGGAGCCCCACAGAAGAUAAUGUAUCUCACGGAUGCCUAUCUCAGAAAGACGGGUAAAAGAGCAAAGGCCAACAUCAUAUACAACACAUCGCUCCCUGUGCUCUUUGGGAUCAAGAAAUAUGCUGACUCAUUGUGGGAAAUUGUGAAACAGCGUGACCUACAAAUUAAUAUGAGGCAAAACCUGAUCGAAGUGAGGGCAGAUAAGCAAGAAGCUGUGUUUGAAAAUCUUGACAAACCAGGCGAAACCAAAGUGUUUCAGUAUGAAAUGCUUCAUGUCACACCACCAAUGGGACCCAAUCUGGUGGUUAAAGGCAGUCAGCUGGCAGAUGAAGUUGGCUGGUUGGACGUCAGCAAAGACAACCUUCAACAUAAUAGAUAUCCAAAUGUGUUUGGGAUUGGAGACUGUACAAACCUGCCCACAGCCAAAACAGGAGCUGCUGUCGCUGCACAGUCUGCUAUUUUGAACAGAACCAUCAGCCGAGUACUGAAAAAUGAGAAGCCAGACAGAACGUAUGAUGGCUACACCUCAUGCCCAUUGGUCACAAGCUACAACACAGUGAUUCUGGCAGAGUUUGAUUACAACGGACAACCACUGGAAACAUUCCCUGUGAACCAAGCCAAAGAGAGCAGAAUCAUGUACCACAUGAAAGCUGAUGUGAUGCCUCACCUCUACUGGCACGGGCUACUACGGGGCCUGUGGGGUGGACCAGCACCAUACAGGAAAAUCCUUCAUCUCGGGAUGAAAUGAUACCAUCCAUUUGCAAGUUGAUACUUACAUUUCCACUUCUUUUAGGGAAAGAAGUAGCACAUUAUCUCCAUCAUUAUCUGAAAGGGUGGACACUUGCGUGCUAAUACAGUGGUGGCCUCGACCUCAUGACUAAUCAUAACAAAUGUUUGCAUAUUUUUUAACAUGUAGCAAGUAACUCCCUGUAAUAACAAUUGUAUCUGAAUCUAUGUAGCUUUUAGCUGCUAAUUGGUAUUUUUUGGUUCAUUUGGCCGCACAUUGAAUGUAAGGAUGGCUGCAUUGAUAACCCCAAUUAUCCAACCAACAAUGACAUUUUUAUAUUAGAGCCUAGAGCAAAGGUUUUUAGAGUUAUUUUUUUAUUUGCCACCUAGGUGUACCAGUGUAUUUUAUAAGCCUUCUUCACAUAAGUCCCAAAGCCGAAUAGGUAUAGCCAGGCUCUUUGAAAGUCAUCUAACCUCUUGCUGCAGGGUAUAUAAGUUAAUGUUGCCUACCUAGAGCCAAGAAACUGACCCUUGAAAUGAUCCCAUUGUGUAUAAUUAUUAACAACUACAAAUGCUGGCAUUUUGGUAAAAUUGCAUGAUUUUUUUUUCACGAUAUUGGAGGUAUACUCAACUCUACAGCUGCAAAAUGUGUGUAUUGGUGAAAGUCUGUUAUUGUGUUUGUAGUGUAGCCAUUUUUCCAUUUCAUACAGUGUUCAGGUUUGUUGCCAGUGUGUGCGGUUCUAUAUUUAGUUAGUUUUGUGUGCUUCCAACAUGAGGGAUUUUUUUCUUGGGGAAUGGCCAUGAAAAUGACAAGUGCUUUUCUAUAAUCAUUAAAAUGAAUGUGUAAAUAUAUAAACCCACUUUAAUUGCUAUAACAGAACAAAUAAAUAAUAAAACCGUAAAUAUUUCGUUAGUAAAAUUCCUACCCUGUUGUCUUUGUUAUUUUUCAUCCAAAUAAUGUGCAUGACAAAUUGAAUGUUUUAUUUGAUUUACAGUAGUUUUAGUGUGAUAGUAGUGUCUACUAUUCUUGAGUCCCUGAUUAAUAUUAUCACUUAAGACCAUAGACUUUAUAGGUAAAGAAACAAUCUUUCACAAUCAUCUCUAUGUCAUAUUCAAAUGUAAGGUAGACUGUGCUAAAUGUGCUGUACAUGCAGACCAUGUUUAUUCUGAUAGGUGUUGUAGCAGAAGUAGGCUACUUAAGUGAUUUUCAAGUUUUGCCAAUUUACUAAUCAAUUAGAUGUUGUUGAAACAAUAGAUGAAAAAAAA